CCGGGGGAAAGGGCAGGCGGCGAAGUUAGGAGGCCGGGGCUUCAGAGGCGAUGGUGACCACGGAGAGCGCGGAGCCUGGAGGGGAGAGAAAGAUGCUGAAGCCCCUAGUGGAGAAACGGCGGCGGGACCGCAUCAAUAGGAGCUUGGAAGAACUUCGUCUCCUCCUCCUUCAGAGAACCCACUGCCAGACGCUGAAGAACCCCAAAGUGGAGAAAGCAGAGAUCCUGGAGAUUGCUGUAGGAUACCUGCGAGAGAUGAAUUCCGCUAAACCCCAGGGCGCUGACCUUCCGGAAGACAGGACCCUGCAGGCUUGCUACAUGAUGGGAUUCCGGGAGUGCCUCCUGGGCUUGGCGGCUUUCAUCCAGCAAGCCCACCCUUCGGUCCAGAGCCACCUGCUCGACACCUUGCACCUGUACCUCGCUUCCAAGCCGGAGACCCGCAGCCACGACUGGAGCUGCGGGCCUCUCUCCCCCAGCUCUUCCUUGGGGGAGACGCCUCCGAGGACCCCGGAGGCCUUUUGCUCCCCGGUGAAGCAGACCGACGAACCGUUGCGCAGCCCGGACCCGCCUUGUUCCAGCGGGGGACGACUCGAGAGUCAGCAGAGACACACCCACCAGGGCGCCACCUCCCCCAAACGGUUGCCCCCACCACAGGCGUACUGGAGACCUUGGCCCUAGACCCGAGAGCAUAAACGCUCCCCGAGAGGGUGAACCUGGGGGGUGGGAUUUUUUUUUUGUAUAUAAAACCUGUAAAAAAUCGGCCAGGGAGCUGGGAUUGCAGGAGGUGUCCUUGAAAUGUAUAAAAAGUUGUGGAGACUGAG